CGAGUGCGCGAUCAGUCCGACUCUGCCUCUCGCCGAACCACCGCGACCGACCUCGCCAUGGCAAGCGCGCGCUCCUAGCGGCGGCCGCAACCCCGUCGAGAGAGUAGUGCGCAACGAGGAAGGGCGGAAGUGAGCGCGCGCGCGCGCCAGCGACAAGUGGGUGUUUCGGAGUGCGCCGCGGCGGCAAGCGGGAGAGAAGCGGGAGAGAAGCGGGAGAGAAUCGAGAGCGGCAGUGCGAUCGAGGUGGCUCCGUCCAGAAUUGGUUGCCGAGCUAAGUCGAGCCACCGGCCCCGUGAUGUUCCCCAUCGAGUACAGCAAGCAAUUCCUGAGCUACCGCAUCCUCAAGUCCAACCGUUUCAAGUACAUCUGACCAUAAGGACUCGGACCAAGUGCUUGCUUCUGACUUAGUGCCGAGAGUGUGCCCCGCCGAGAAACAGCAGCAGCAGCAGCAGCAGCAGACCUCGUCCUCGCCCUUCGAGCCGUUCGCGCGCCCCCGCCCGCCGCUCGGAGAGACCUGGAACGUCUCUCGCGCGCUCCCGUCGCCCGGCCCCUCCUUCCCCCUCGACGACCGAGCAGCGGCGCGAUGAUCGUUUACGUGCCCGGCAGAAUGCCAAGGACGGCCUACCGCCCUGGGCUGCCGUACCAGCUGCUCGCGCAGCAGCACCAGCAGCACCAGCAGCAGCACCAGCACCACCAGCACCAGCAGCAGCUCCAGCAGCAGCGCCGGCCGCCCUCGCCGCCGAUCUCGCCCACCACCACGAGCCUCUUCAGCGGCUGGCCCAGAACGAUGCCCCAAGACGAGGAGAUGCUGGCGCAGUCGGCGGCCGCGGCCGCCGCCAUCGCCGGCAACGGGCCGUCCAGUCCGGCCCACAGCGACUCCGACGCCUCCAACUCCAGCCUCGAGCUGAGGACCGAGCGCACCGAGCUGCAGUGCAGAUGGCUCAAUUGCGGCAGAUGGUUCGCGUCCCUGAAACAACUGGCGGAUCACGUUGGCAAAGUACACUCGGAGCCCGGUCCCAGGGGACUGUUCUACUGCGGAUGGGAUGGCUGCCAGAGAGGUGACCGAGGCUUCAACGCAAGAUACAAAAUGUUGGUGCACGUGCGGACGCACACGAACGAGAAGCCGCACCACUGCUUUCAGUGCUCGAAGAGCUUCAGCCGCGCGGAAAACCUCAAGAUCCACGCUCGCUCGCACACGGGCGAGCGCCCGUACGCCUGUCCCGUGGAGGGCUGCAACAAGGCCUACUCCAACUCGUCCGAUCGGUUCAAGCACUCGCGCACUCACGCCGUCGACAAGCCCUACUGCUGCAAGAUACCCGGCUGCCCCAAGCGCUACACCGACCCGUCCUCCCUGCGCAAGCACGUCAAGACCUACCGCCACUACGUCAACAACAACAACAACAACAACAACAGCGGCGGCGGCGGCGGCGGCGGCGGCGGCGGCGCCGGCGGUGCCGACCACCACCACUACCAUCACCACGACAAGGCCCAGGACGACUUGGCCACGACCAAGAGGCACCACCAACUCGGCGCCACCCCCGACAACAGAAGCACCGCUGCCAGUCCGAGCUCCGACUCCGACAAGAAGAACUCCAGCCUGGAGAGCAACGCCACCAGCAGCUCCAUCUGCUCCGUCAGCGAGAGCCCGAAGACAACGGCCUCGUCGACGAGCUUCGAGGAGCAGCAGAAGCUGGUCGAGUGGAACAACGCGUACAACAGCCUGCAGGAGCGCGGCAAGGAGCACCGGCUGGAGGCCGCGCAGAUCUCGACGCCGCUGGCGAAGGCCGGCGCCGGCUACGAGCACGAGCUCCACCACUACAGCCGCUCGCCGUACGACGAGUACAUCCUGCCGGAUCGCCAGCUGCCGGUGCUCAAGCAGCCGACGCCCAGCUACCCCAUCGACAUCAAGCCCCAGCUGGCGACCGCGGCGUCGCCGCCGGACCACCCGAUGGCGGCCACGCCGCGCAUCGGCAUGCAGUCCACGCCGAUCAAGAGCGAAGACAAGGCUGCCAGCGGCGUCGACUACCGCAACAUCGACUCCAUCGUCAACAGCAGCACCAGCAGCACCGGCAGCAGCAGCAGCGGCGGCGGCGGCAGCAGCGGCACGCCCCUCAAGCAGGAGCCGACGCCUUACGCCGGCAGCGCCGACGUAGUGCGCAACUCGGUGAUAAAGCGCGCCGACGCGCCCAUGGACCAGCAGCCGUCGGAGUCGCCGGCCCGCCAGGAGGGUCCGCCCGGCGCGGCCAGCGGCUGCGAGCGGUGCUGCUGCAAGCACAAGUGCUGCAAGCACGCGGGCAGCAACAGCCUGCUGGAGAAGACCAAGAUCCUGUCGGAGCUGAUCCUCAGCUCGCCGAACCCGCUGUUCCGACACCUGCUCGCGUCGGUGGAUCUGCACUACGGCCUGCAGAGCGUCUGGCCGGCCGGCCAGCCGGCCACCGACGGCUCCGGCGCCGCGGCCAACACCUGCGCGCAGGACCUGCGGGCCAGGUCCGCCGAGGUCGCGCCGGCGGACAUGGACCAGGACCUGCCGCUCGACUUGACCAUCAACAAAUGACCGGCCACGAGGACGAUCGCGGUGUAAUCGAGUCAGCGGACCGCCCGAUCGGCCCGUCCCUCUCCUCGUUCUUGCUUGUACAUUGUCGUCCUUACCCUCGUUCGCUCGUUCUUGUUGUCGGUCGAUCGGAGAACGCGG